AAAAUAAGAUUAAAAUUUAAUAGUUAAGAAAUAGCUUAAUUUGUAUUCAAGGAGGGUGUGGGUGUGGCGAUGACCACCAUGGCGGUUCGCUCUGCGCGAAAUGGAAAAGUUGUCUUGUCUUCAUGGUUGAUUAAUAAAUCAAGUAAUAAUAAGAAGUCAGCCAUCUUUUGGAGGGCGGCAUCGUCUUCUUCCAUUCCCAAAAUUGAUGGUGAUAAGGUCAAGAAGAUAAGGGAAGAAGAACGUCGUCUAUCAGCUGUAAUUGACGCUCUCAAUGACCGCAAGCUCCCUCCUGAACUCCGUGGCCAACGCAACUCUGUUAGGUCAGAAACGGACAUUAUCAACGUUGUCGAGCAAAGAAUAUGGCACUCAAUGGAAGAAGGCCAAUUUGAGAAUUUACCAGGGAGAGGAAAACCCCUUAACCUCAGUACAAAUUCUCAUGCUGACCCAGCUGAAGACACCUUGUAUAGAAUCCUUUCAAAAAAUGGAUGUGCACCCGAGUGGGUUGAGCUUAACAAAGAGAUAAGGCGCCAGAUAUCUGAAUGGCGGUUAGCAUUGAAGAAAGCUUGGAUGAGCAAAUGCAAUGGGGAUCACUCCAAAUGGAUUGAAUGGUCAGAGAUUUUGCAAGUUCAACUGCGUCAUAUCAACAAUAAGGUUUUCCGCUACAACCUCAUCGUACCAUUUGGGCGACAGAUGUUUGGUCUGAAGUGGGAAAAAGAACUAGAUCGUGUAAGAGAAUGAGACCUUUUGUUAUCUGGCCGAGUGGGAUCUGAGAUAGUGUUUCUGGGAGCUGUUGAUUGCUGAUAUUGGUAGGAUCUCAUGAACAUGAGUAAUCUCUGUUCUAUUUAUCAGUACCCUUGACAAGAAGCACAUUUCUUUGCUUAGCAAACUUUAUUAUAUUUCGUUAUCAUAGGUUAUUUGUGAACUUAUUUGGUGGCCAAAUAGUAGUACAUGUAAUGCAGAUUCUUGGUAGGAAAGAUAUGGGAUACUUUCUAUUACAUGAUUAUGCGGUGACUAUAUAUAUAUAUAUAUUUGGUAAUAACAUAACAACAUAUGGUAUAAGUUUGUUUCUUUAACA